UCCCUCGUGACAUACGAUAUAUACCUAUAUCACCCUAUAUACCCAUCCGCCCGAGCUGAAUCGCGCCGACCCCCUUCUCUUAUCGCAUACUCGACCAAGCGGCUUCUCGCCGAUUCUCUUCCACAAUGGACCUGUGCGGGCGUCAAAAAGUUGUUCGGCGCAAGAUGGUGCUGCUAGGCGAUGGAGCUUGCGGCAAGACCUCGGCCCUGAACGUCUUUACGAGAGGAUACUUCCCAACAGUCUAUGAGCCUACUGUCUUCGAAAACUACGUCCACGAUAUUUUUGUCGAUAAUGUGCACAUGGAAUUAUCGCUCUGGGACACGGCGGGCCAAGAAGAAUUCGACCGACUGCGUGCCCUGUCUUACGAAGACACACACGUCAUCAUGCUGUGCUUUAGCGUUGACAGCCCUGACUCGUUCGAAAACGUGGCAAGCAAAUGGGUGGACGAAAUAUCGGAGAACUGCCCGGGUGUCAAGCUGGUCCUGACGGCGCUCAAAUGCGACUUGAGAAAGGAUGAGUUCGAAAACAACAACGCAAACGCCAUCGCGUACGAGCACGGUCUAGCCAAGGCCAAGGAGAUCGGGGCCGUGAAAUACCUGGAAUGCUCUGCCGUCCAGAACCGUGGCAUCAUGGAAACCUUUUAUGAAGCGGCCAAGGUCGCUUUAGAGGUGAAAGCCCCAGGGUCGACCGCAUCUAAGGGAGGAUGUGUCAUCCUUUAAACAUUUUUUGGCUAUUUUCAGGUUUUGGAGGGUAUCUGUCGGCCGCCUUACUUCCUUUUUCUUUCCUAUACCCAUAUUGGUUCUUUGCAUUCCACAGCGGACAGCUCUGCACCUUCGCCGGGCAGAGCACAGCCUUAUGUUCCUGUGACACUUUAGCCUGGUGGUUUUGCUUCUUUUUUUGGCUCUUUCUCUUCUUUAUACAUACUUUUGCUGGGCUCUCCUUAUAAUCUUUUCAUCCUCGGCGCUGUCAUUCAGCGACCCCUGCAGAAGUCA